AUGCUCGCUCCAAGCGAGGCAUCGUCGCUACAACUCAAGAUAGCCGAGUUGGUGUUGGACCACACGAUAGACAUUCUGCUUCUCAAGUUUCUCAGUCGUUUUCUUACUCAGUCUUCGUAUGAUGAGCUUGUGGAAGAACGGAACAUUGAGCAUCAAUGUGGCUACCCAUUGUGCAACAAGUCCCCACAACAUAAGGUUCGCCGACUCUCUCAUGGGAGCAAUGGCUCUUGUGUGGAGACAUCAACUCGGUAUCAGAUAUGGAACAGGAAACCUCUGAUGAUACUUCCUAAUACGUACUUGUCUCAAUAUUGUUGCAAGGACCAUUACCAGGCGCUGAUGUUUUACCGUAAUCAGCUCUCGCAAGAAGCUGUAUUUUCUCGCAAAGACAUUACUGUCAUUCCACCGUUUGCAACGGUGGAUAGGCCAUGGUACGAGAACAAUAUCACUUGUCUAGAAGAAGUGCUUGCUAAGCACAGAGAGCUCAAGGAACAGGGCAAGUCGCUCACGGAUGUAAUCGCGAUGAUGAGCGGCUUAUCUGUUGCUGAUGGCAACGACAAGGAGACUUCUGACCUAGCCAAGUUAAUUGAAGAUUUCGACAUUGUCGAACACGAAGGAGGCAUGAACAGCAAAGACAUACCACAAGAGCCCGACAGAGAAGCGGCAGCUAGGGGCAUUGAUGGCUACAUCACCAAUGGCCACAGCCUAGGCGGCUAUAUGGUAUAA